AUGCUUUUAGAUAAUAUGACAGUACUAAGCACUCCUUUCUUCGAUGAUAUGCCACGCGCCUUUCUUCUCGAUAAUGACAAUCUUAGCGAUUCUACAGCACUCUUUGGACCGUAUGCCCAAAUCAUAUGGAAUUUCGCCGACAAGCAUCAAAUGCAACUCGCUUGGAAUCGUGAUCUGAUCGAAAUCAACUCCGAGAUACUGCAGCGCAUAGAUUGUGGCGAGUAUAAUUUAUCGAUGAACGGCGCGACGAUAGUGAAGCCUAUCCCGCCAAAUGUACAAUUCAGCUAUCCCUUAUAUUGGACAAAAAGUUGUAUAAUGAUACCGUUGGAGGAUGAAUUGCCCAAGUAUUGGUAUAUUAUUUGGCCAUUUGGUCGCUAUAUCUACAUGUGUAUACUGUUCGGCAUCAUCUAUGUUGCCAUCCUAAUGAAGUAUGUUGAGUAUCCGACCAACGAGCAUAGGCCGACACGUUCGAUAACACGGAAUAUAUUAUAUAGCAGCGCCAUAUUAAUGUACGGUUCCAACAUGAAUGUCCGAUUGAAGAAUGCACAAGUGCGCGUGUUAAUAUUCUAUGCCUUGCUCUUCGUACUCGGCUUCAUACUAGCCGCCUAUCAUUCGCCCUAUCUGACAGGCUACAAUAUGAAACCGAUAUUCAUGCCACCUAUCAAUACAAUCGAGGGUCUAACGGAAGCCAACAUAAAGUUGAAUCGAAGUUACGCCUAUGUGAUAACCGAAUAUCAGUGGAAAUUUUUUAAUCGCCAGCAACGCGUACUCAUACAACCAUACUUUCACUUAUCGAAUAUCUGUUUUGGCACCGUCUUCAAAGCUAUUCCAGUGCAGCGCGACGCCGUUUGGUAUGAUGCGCUAAAUCUGUUCAUUCUAAUCACGCAGGAGUCAGGUCUCUGGGAGCAAUGGGAGGAGCGCGCAUUCUUUGCAGCUGUGAGCGCAAAAUACGCAGAAAUAUUCACCGAUACCUAUCCUUUGGAGGCGUUGAAUCUGCGCUACUUUUUGAUUGCAUGGAUAGUUUUGGGCUCAGGUCUGCUGCUGAGUUGUUUUGCUUUCGCACUCGAAUAUUACAGUAAGAAGCGCAAUAGCGUAAAGGAGGAGACGAGCUAUAAUCGUUUCUUGUAUACGUAA